GAGGUAAUUGGUUGAACAUUUUAGUGAUUAUUUUGCAUUAAGGUAUGCUUUUUUCUCCUAUUAAUUUGCAGAUUAUUCCCUAGAAGGAUUAUGUCUUGAAAAAAGAGCAUUUUACAGGAUGGUUUCAGGCUUACACACAAGUAUAAAUAUACAUUUAUGCUAUGAAUAUUUGUUCCCAGCAACAUGUUAUGGUAAAGAGCAGUGGGGCUCUAACCUUGAAGAAUUCCAGCGAAGAUUUGAUCACUCUCAGACAGAUGGACAUGGACCUCAGUGGCUGAAGAAUCUGUACUUCACAUACUUAGUUGAGCUGAGAGCACUUGCAAAAGCAGCUCCAUACUUUGAAGAGGAAGGGUUCUUUACUGGUGAUAGCGAAGAAGAUGCGGAUGUAAAACACGGUGUUGAAGAUUUACUUAAAGUUAUCAAGUAAGAAUUUUUGAAAUUAUAUUAUUCCUUACUUAAGUGUUAAUUAUUUGCUUUACACGCAUUUAGGUAUGCAUUUAUUUUAAAUAAUUGUGCGUAUAUUAGCACCCAUUUUACAAAAUAAUUUACUCAAAUAAAACACUGCACAAUGAAGUUGUAUGGCAGUUAUACUGGAAAUCUGUCUAGGUGUUGCAAAAGUUAAAGUGGGGCAAGGUAACUGUAAAGCAAAGUUGUUAAAGACUUGGCCCUUUUUACAUUAUCCAAACUUUACAGGAAUUGUAAGUACUAAGUCUAGUUAUGCAUAUUGUUGACACUUUCCAGUUAAAUUAUUUGUGUCACAGUUAUGGCCCUUCAGUGAUUUUUAUGCACCUGAAAGGAGAGCAUACAGUUACUGCCUUGUCAGACAUAGUAUAACCUACUCUGAAAGAGUUAUAUAAAUGAUGCCCCUGGAAUCAAAAGUGACCUGUUCCAGGUGUCAAUUAUCUUAUAUAGACCUGCAUAGAAAAUAUUUUUAUGCCACCUGCGAUUCACCUGUGUGUGUCUGUUUGUUUGUGUGUGUGUGUUCUAAAGAUUAUUUAGUGAACUUAAAAAAUCUUCUUGUGAAAAACCACUAGUCCAAUUUCAACCAAACUUGGCAGGAUUGAUCCUUGAGUGAAGAAUUUCAUUCCAUGCAGAAAUAUGGUUGCCAUGGCAACCAAAAGGAAUUAUAAGAAUAAAUUUAAAAAAUCUUCUUGUAAAGACCCAAAAGGCCUAGAGCUUAGAUAUUUUGCAUAAGGCAUUGUCUGGUAGACCUCUACCCAGAUUGUUCAAAUUAUAGCCCUGGGGUCCAAAUCGGCCCCGCCCCAGGGCUCAUUGAUUUUCACUAUAUGUACAUAUAGUAAAAACUUAAAAUACCUUCUUGUACGAAGGUACUAGGCUUAGAGGUUUGAUAUUUGGUAUGUGUUAUUAUCUAUAGGUACUCUACCAAAGUUGUUCAAAUUUGCCUCUAGUGUCAAAACUAGCCCCGCCCAGGGGGUCAUAGGUUUCCUUACAUGUAUAUAGUAAAAACUUUAAAAAUCAUCUUUUCUAAAUUGACAAAGGCUAGAGAUUAGAUAUUUUGCAUGAAACAUUGUGUAGUUAAUCUCUAGCAAGAUUGUAUUUUUGGUAUAUGAUAUCAUAUAUAGGUACUCUACCAAAGAUGUUCAAAUUUUGCCUCUAGUGUCAAAACUUUGAUAUAUGAUAUCAUAUAUAGGUACUCUACCAAAGUUGUUCAAAUUUCGCCUCUAGUGUCAAAACUAGCCCUGCCUCGGGGUUCAUAGGUUUUCCUUACAUGAAUAUAGUAAAAAUUUAAAAAAAUCAUCUUUUUGAUUUUGACAAAGGCUAGAGGUUAGACAUUUUGCAUUAAACAUUGUGUAGUGAACCUCUAGCAAGAUUAUUCAAAUUAAUGACCUGGGGUCAAAAUUGGCCCCGCCCCUGGGGAUCAUUGAUUUUCAGUCACUAUGUCAUAAAGUAAAAAAAUUAAAAAUCUUAUUAACCAGGUUUUCCGAAGGAAAAAACUGGUUAUUAGAUUGAGGUAUGUCGGCGGGCGGGCGGGCAACUCCUCCUACAUUUCUCAACAGAUUUUGACCAAACUUUCACAGAAGCUUUGUCAUCAAGUGCCCUGGCGCAUAUUGUAGGGGUUUUGCGAUUAGAUAAUAUUUGACCUAAUUAUGGCCCUUUGUUUUUUUUCAUUAUAUAGAAUAUAUAGUGAACAAUUUCUUCUGUGCGCAACUCCUACAUUUCUCAACGGAUUUUGACCAAACUUUCACAGAAGCUUUGUCAUCAAGUGCCCUGACACAUAUUGUCAGGGUUUUGCAAUUGGUAUAUAUUUGACCUAAUUAUGGCCCUUUGUUUUUUUUCAUUAUAUAGAAUAUAUAGUGAACAAUUUCUUCUGUGCGCAACUCCUCCUACAUUUCUCAACGGAUUUUGACCAAACUUUCACAGAAGCUUUGUCAUCAAGUGCCCUGGCGCAUAUUGUCAGGGUUUUGCGAUUAGAUAAUAUUUGACCUAAUUAUGGCCCUUUGUUUUUUUUCCUUAUAUAGAAUAUAUAGUGAACAAUUUCUACAGUGCGCAACUUCUCCUACAUUUCUCAACGGAUUUUGACCAAACUUUCACAGAAGCUUUGUCAUCAAGUGCCCUGGCGCAUAUUGUCAGGGUUUUGUGAUUGGAUAAUAUUUGACCUAAUUAUGGCCCUUUGUUUUUUUUCCUUAUACAGAAUUGAACAAAUUCUCCUGUGCUGAACUCUUCCUACAUUUCUCAACGGAUUUUGUUCAAACUUUCACAGAAGCUUUGUCAUCAAGUGCCCUAGCACAUAUUGUCGGGGUUUUGUGAUUGGAUAAUUUUUUACCUAAUUAUGGCCCUUUGUUUUUUUUCCUUAUACAGAAUAUAUAUAGUGAACACUUCUUCUGUGCGCAAUUCCUCCUACAUUAUUCAUGUUUUACAUUGCACAUAGUUACAUUGUUUGUUGCUUGUAUUUGUAUUUCAAAUACAACAUAUUUAUC